AUGAACAUUGGGCAUUCCUCAAUAUCACGUCCUGUAAUAGUUGAUGCGCAAAUAAUAAUACCGAUGACAGGAGUAAAUGUCGCUGAAGCAGCAUUCUUUAAUCAGAUAUGUCCAAGCAGUUCCGGAAUGCGCUUCAAUUUUGAUGAUAUCCGAGAAUUUCUUCACGAUCCACUUAUUGCACUCAUUACAACAGAUUUAAUGGAGCCAUGA